AUGUCGAAGCGGAAGAUCGAAAGCGUUGACCCGUUUGAUUCCACACCAGAUGUUGUAAAACUUGUUCCGCGGCCGGUUAUUCCUUUUUCGCCAGCAAAGUACGAGGAAAGAAGACAUUAUCUUCGAAUAUUUCAUGAACAAUUGGAAAAACUUGGAACUCCUAAUUCUGUUGUUACUGCUGUUGAUCAAGAACAUGAUGUGGCAACCAACAGCAAAACACAGCCACAAUACGUUCGAAUGAUUAAGCGACGGAUGUAUGAAAUAGUGAAGAAAAAACCCAAGCUCGAUUCUACUUCAAAAGGUCUGUCUAGCGAGGAAUAUAUCAGGAGGUUGCAGCAUUUAUGUGUUUCCAGACAGACGCUCUUGAGACACGGCUUCAUAUUGGAUGUACCGGAAGCAAGGAAACAUAGUGAGACACUUGAGUGCGCACAUUGCAAAGUGUCAUUUCUGGCUGCUGAGGAGUACCUACCGGCUCAUAAGAGCGUGUGCAGGUUUCAUCCAGGGAAAAUUAUCACCAGCUUAAGCUCGGGAAUUAAAAAAUGGAACCACAACUAUGCAAAUCGCCACUAUUCAUGUUGUAAUGAGACUCCUGGCCACACGGAGGGUUGUCAAGAGCUGUCAAAGCAUGUUUUUAAGUUGAAUGAUCCGGCAGAAAUGCAUUAUCAGCGGCCAUUUGCAACUAUUCAAGAAUUGCGCGAAAAGCUCAACAUUAAAGAUAAGCCUGAAUACACAGCUAUUGGGCUGGACUGCGAGAUGUGCUAUACCUCGUGUGGGUUCGAAAUGAUGAAAUUGAGUCUUGUCAAGUUCCCAGAGUGCACUCUGAUCAUGGACGAGAUUGUCAAACCCAAGGGCGAUGUAAUUGAUCUGAAUACGUUUGUUUCUGGUGUCGAGUCGAUUCCGGAAAACGCAAUGACAUGGGAGCAAAUGCUUGAGAAAAUGGCGCGACUCACCGACGAGAACACCGUGAUUAUUGGACACGGCUUGGAGAACGAUCUCAAUGUGUUGCGGAUUGUCUAUCCCAAAAUUGUGGACACAGCAGUGCUGUUUUCAGAGAAGACAGUCGACCCUCGUCGCAAAGAUCCGCUGAAAAAACUUGCAUGGCGGUUUUUGAGCAAGAACAUCCAGGGUGGGCAGCAUGAUUCGUUGGAAGACGCGAUUAUACCACUUGAGAUUGUCAAGAAACAAAUAGAGAAAAUGCCUCCUACUUCCGUCUGAUGUAGUCCAUGAUUAGUUCCUGGUUUUGGGCAAGGAUUUUCAUCAGUCUGCUAUUCUCGAGCAGAAGUUCUUUAAGCUCGGUGUCAGUGCUUACUCUCUUGUUCUGUUUUGGAGACAGGAAAACGUUUUCGUUGGCGCCCUCUCGUUUAGACAGUUUUGAGGAGCUUGUUUUCGUGGCGCUCUGGAAAUUCAGCACAGUCGGCCGGUCGCCAUUAGUACUGGUGUGCCUUGAGUUGAUCCUCCGCAUCGUUGACAGUGGUGUCAGCGAGAUGGGAGUCGUGGCUGUGCGUUUGCGCGGAGGAGAAGUUGCAGCACGCUUCAUUCGACGCUGUUCGAGGUGUCUCGUAGGGGUGAAUGUGGGGAAAGGGUGUACCUGCUGUUUUGACGGAGAGCUCAUUUAAUAAAUAUAAAUAAAUAAAACCAUAGAUCUGGG